AUGGCUUGUGUAGCUGUAAAUUCUCUUAUCAGAACAUUAGAGAUUGAGUUCCUGCAACCUCACCCUCGUCCAAUCAUACAAGAAAUGGAACUCAUCCCUUUUAACAAAGACCUCAUCCAAUCUCUCCAUGCAAAGCUUGGUUUUCUGAUACAACUGUUGGACGAGAGCAGAAUGGAUGGUGUUGAAGCAAUUAAAGAGUUGGAAACAAAGCUCAGAGAUGUAGCUUUCAGAGUAGAAGAUGAAAUUGAACUCCAUCUGGUACUUCUCUGUAAAGAAUUGGAUCUCUAUUUGGGACAAGGGGACACUGAUGAAGCCAUAAACACACCCCAUUCUCAUAGACUAAAACUUAGUCAUGUAUUGCAACAAGCAAUAGAAGACAUUGAUGCCAUUAAAGAAGAGCUCGAGAAAGUCAUGAUAGCUGUGCAAGGAAGGGAGACUACACUUGAUGAUGAACUUGUCAAGAUGGACGGUUCCGGUUCCUCCAAUCAUGCUUCACAAACUGAGGACAUAAUGGUCGGGAAAAACAAUGAGUUCGAGACGAUAAGGAUGAUGCUAAUACAACAUCCAUCUAAACAACGAGAAGUUGUCUCAAUUCAAGGUAUGGGAGGAAUCGGCAAGACAACGUUAGCUAGACGAGUUUAUGAAAAUCGAUCAAUUGUCUCCCACUUUGAUAGACGACUAUGGGUUGUUGUAUCACAAUAUCACAAUAAGAGGCAAAUGCUCUUAGAUGUUCUUGGUUCUAAAGACAAUGUAAACAACAACAGUGAUGAGGACCUAGCAUUACAACUCUACCAAAGUUUGAAGUGUCAAAGGUACUUGGUAGUGAUGGAUGAUAUAUGGAGCAUAGAGUCAUGGAAUGAUGUUAAAUCUUGCUUUCCAGAUGAUAUAAAUGGGAGCCGAGUAUUGUUGACUACUCACAUUGCAGAGGUGGCUACUUGUAUUGGCUCUAAUAAUAACUUCUCCCAUCAAAUGCAGUUCUUAGAUCAAAGUGAAAGUUGGGACUUAUUUAGUAACAAGGCAUGCAAAUCUCAUGGUAUUGAAUUUGAGACAAUUGGGAGACCAAUUGUUGAGAAAUGUAAAGGGCUGCCUUUGGCAGUUGUUGUGGUAGCAGGUUUAUUUUCAAAACUCAAUUCACUAGAUGAGUGGAAGAAUACUGCUAAUGCUCUAAUAAGUUCUACUUCAAUAUCAACUCUAGAUGAUGAAGAAUGUUGGAGAAUCCUCUCAUUGAGUUAUAGUCACUUGCCCCAUAAUCUGAAAGCUUGUUUUUUAUAUUUAGGAGUUUUUCCAGAAGAUUAUAAGAUCAAUGCUAACGACCUUGCAAGGUUAUGGGCUGCGGAAGGACUGGUAAAGGCAUUCAAGAAUGAGAGUUUUGAAGCGGUGUCUAAAAGGUACAUAAAUGAACUUAUGGAUAGAAACUUAAUUCUUGUAAGCAAAAGAAGUAGUUGUGGGAGAAAAAUUAAGGAGUUUAGAGUACAUGAUUUAUUGCAUGCCUUUUGUGUGAGAGAAGGUCAUAACCAGAGUCUUUUGCAUGUUGUGGAUGAAAGUGGUUCCAAUUUCCCUGAGAAAGGUGUCCGUUGGAUAAGAAUGGAAAGGAUGUCAUUUGAAGAUUUUGACAUCUCUGCAUUACAUUCUCUGUCAAAACACUGCCGGUCCAUCUUUUAUUUUCUGGAGAGCCCCAAACAUUCAAUAAUUUUGAAAUUUUUCAGCCUAUUGAGGGUACUCUAUGUUACUAAUUUCAAUUCAACAAGUCCGACUGUUCAUAUCCAUUUGAGAUACCUAAGGAUAUCCAUGGCAUAUAAUCUUUGUGAUUCAUUAUUCCCCAACGCUUGGAAUCUUCAAACAUUUAGUGUGUCUGGAGAUAUAGAAUUCAACCAUUUGAAGUUUCCAGAACUACAGUAUAUUCACUGUAGGAAAUUUAAUGGAGCUUUUCCCAAAUCUGUUCAUCAAAACUUGCAGGUCAUUUCUGGAUUGCAGGAUAAUCAUUAUAACCAAGAGUUCUUAACAAAAGUUCCAUACCUAAAGAAGGAAGCUGAGGUUUGAUUUUAUGAAUUCUGAGUGGAAGGUAAUUAAUCUUUUGAGCAAGUUACCAAGGCUUGAAGUGCUCAAGUUAAUGAGUGCUGACUUUGGCAAAAAGUGGGAAGUACCAGAGAAUGUGAAAUUCUGCCACUUAAUUUGUUUGAAAAUUUGGUAUUGUCAUCUCAAACAUUGGAAUGUUGGUGCUGAUAAUUUUCCAAAACUUGAGCGCCUAUUCCUUAACGGAUGCCUUGAAUUGAGAGAGAUCCCGAAUAGCUUUGCAGAAAUUCCAACAUUGAACUUAAUCCAAUUAGAGGGGUGUCUUCCUUCUGCAGUAAUGUCUGCCAAGCAAAUUGAGGCUGAACAGCAUGACUCUGGAAACGAGUAUAUGGUUGUCAUUGAGAUAGACACAAUAAAGCCUGCUCUCUAUUUUGAAGAUGACUCCGAUGAAGAUGAUGCAAAGCUAUAGCAAAGAAAGACUAAUUAAUUGCAAUACUGAUGAUGGGAUGGGUCCACAUAGAGCCAAAAUCCAAUAAAAGAAGGGUGUGGGAAGAUCAGAGCAGAUGGUUGUUAGUUGUGGCUGUUUUUGGUGUUUGAAAUGGUUUCUGGUUCACAUACAGGUUCUUACAGGGUAUAGAUUACUAUAUUAUUACUGUCUUGUAUCUGCUUCUAGGAAUGAACAAUAUAAUCUGCUGGAUUUAAGGCUUGCUACUUGCUAGAUGGAUUUAAGAAUUG